GGUGCCCGGUGCGGGGGGUGUGCGGCCCCUUUAAGGGGAGUGCCCGGAAGGGCGCGCGCCCCGCCCGGCCCCGCCCCGCAGCGCACCGGCCCCGGUGGGGCGCGGCCGCGGGUCCGGGCCGGUGCGGGACAUGGCGGGAGGGCGGCGGCGGCUGCUGCUGCUCCCGCUCCCUCUGCCGGGGCUGCUGCGGCUGCUCCCCGCGCUGCUCCCGCUGCUCCCUGCUGCCGCCUUCAACCUGGACCUCACCUUCCCGGUGCUCAAGGAGGGCGCGACCCCCGGCGGCUUCUUCGGCUUCUCGGUGGCGCUGCACCAGCAGACCGAGCAGCGGGAGCGGAGCCUGCUGCUGGUCGGGGCCCCCCAGGAUGUGGAGCUGACGAACGGCACGCGGACGGGCGCCGUCUACGCCUGUCCCCUCAGCGGCUCCACCAGCGACUGCCAGCGCCUCGACAUCGAGCUGAAGAGCGAGCCGGACAAGGCCAUCAUCGACGGCAUGUGGCUGGGGGUGACGGUGGCCAGCCAGCGGCAGCCGGCGGGGAGGGUGCUGGCCUGUGCCCACCGCUACACGCGGGUGCUGUGGUCGGGCAGCGAGGACCAGCGGCGCAUGGUGGGUCGGUGCUUCGUGCGCGGCAACGACCUGCGGCUGGACCUGGGCGACGAGUGGCAGACGUACCACCACGAGAUGUGCAACGCCAACACCGACACUGACGAGACCGGCAUGUGCCAGAUGGGCACCAGCGCCGGCUUCACCGCCAACAUCAUCUACUUUGGGGCACCCGGCGCGUAUAACUGGCAGGGCACCAACUACAUGCUGCAGCGGGAGAUGUGGGACCUGCAUGACUUCUCCUACCCCAACGAGAAGAACGGCAACACCUACAUAGGGUACACGGCGGAGGUGGGCCAUGCGGUGCUGCAGCAGGACGCGGUGACGCUGGUGACGGGCGCCCCGCGGUACCGGCACACGGGGGCCGUGCUGCUGCUGAGCCGCAGCCCCCAGCAGACGCUGCGCCGCAGCCUCCUGCUCCCCGGCCCGCAGGUCGGCUCCUACUUCGGCAGCGCCGUGGCCCUGGCCGACCUCAAUAGCGACGGGUGGCAGGACCUGGUGGUGGGGGCCCCCCACUACUUCGAGCGCAAGCAGGAGGUGGGGGGCGCCGUGUACGUCUACAUGAACGAGGUGGGGGGGUUCCAGCCGCACCCCAGCCUCGUCCUCACCGGCCCCAGCUCCUCGGGCUUUGGCUUCGCUGUCGCCAGCAUCGGGGACAUCAACCAGGACGGCUUCCAGGACAUCGCCGUGGGGGCGCCGUUCGAGGGGCCCGGCAAGGUCUACAUCUACCACAGCAGCGCGGGGGGGCUCCUGCCCCAGCCCCGGCAGGUGAUCAGCGGGUCGGAGCUGGGCCUGCGGACCUUCGGGUACGCGCUGAGCGGGGGGCUGGACGUGGACGGGAACUCGUACCCCGACCUGCUGGUGGGCAGCCUGGCCGAGAGGGUCGUCCUGCUCAGGGCUCGGCCCGUGAUCAACAUCCUGAACAAGACCUUCACGGUGACGCCCAGCAAGGUGGACCCUGCCCGCUGCACCCCCGACUCCUGCAUCACGGUGACCGUCUGCUUCUCCUACAACCAGAGCGCCGGGGACCCCACCUACAAGGAGAACAUCACCUUGCAGUACAUGCUGGAGGCAGACAGGGACCGCCACGCCCCCCGGGUCCGGUUUUUGGGGACCCACUCUGCCACCUACCACGGCACCUUCUCCAUGCCCGAGACCCGCUGUGAAUCCAAGGAGCUGCUGCUGCUGGACAACAUCCGUGACAAGCUGCACCCCAUUGUGCUCUCCAUGAACUACUCGCUGCUGGAGAAGAGCAGGGAGUUCCAGCUGGGUCCACACUCACUCGAUGCCUUCCCCGUCCUCAACCAGGACCAGGCCCACCAGAACGAGACCAAGAUCGAGUUCCAGAAGGAGUGCGGCUCCGACAACAAGUGCUACAGCAACCUGCAGCUCCAGAGCAGCUUCGUCACCGAGCAGAACCAGCCGCUGCCCAGGCUGAACGGGACGCAGGUGCUGCAGUACAGCCGGGACGUGCGGAAGCUGCACCUGAGCAUCAACAUCACCAACACGCCCAGCACGCCCGCCAACGGCGAGGAUGCGCACGAGGCGCUGCUCAACGUCACCGUGCCGCCCAGCCUGCUGCCCUCCUCCGUGCGCCCGAGCGGAGCCUGCACCUUUGCAGAGACAGUGCUGUGCGAGCUGGGCAACCCUUUUAAGAGGAACCAGAGGGCAGAGCUGAUCAUCACCUUCGAGGCCAUCGGGAUCACGCUGGACACGCGGGAGGUGCCGGUGUGGCUGGACCUGUCCACGCAAAGCACCCAGGAGGAGCUGCGGCCCGUGCUGGCCAGGCUGCUGGUGGAGUACAGCAUCCAGUCCUCGCUGAGCGUGGUCCCCCCGCAUGCACAGUCGCACUUCAGCGGGACGGUGGUGGGCGAGUCGGCCAUGCGGCGGGAGCAGGACGUGGGCAGCCCCCUUGCCUUCGACUUCCAGGUGACCACCAAGGGUGAGUCACUGGGCGACCUGGGCACCAUCCUGCUGGGCUUCGAGUGGCCCUACGAGGUCCCCAACGGCAAGUGGCUCCUGUACCCCACCGAGAUCCUCGUCAACGGCAACGAGACCUGCCAGCCCCCCGGGGGGGUCAUCAACCCGCUCAACCUCACCCUGCUGCAGGACCAGGCUUCGUCCCGGCAGCGCCGGGAGCUGGAGGCCCCCCCGCCGGCAGAGCCUCCCGUCACCCUGGCCACUGCCAAGAAAGCCAAGUCGGAGGUGGUGCUGAGCUGCUCCAAGGGCACCGCUCGCUGCGUCUGGUUCGAGUGUCCCCUCCUGCACAGCCAGCACCCCGCCAGCCUCAGCGUGCGCGCCCGCGUCUGGAACAGCACCUUCAUCGAGGACUACCGGGACUUUGACCGGGUGAAGGUGGACGGCACGGCUACGCUUUUCCUCCGGACCCACGUCCCCACCAUCAGCAUGAGGAACCACACGGUGCGGUUCUCGGUGGACGUGGACUCGGAGCUGACGGAGGAGCAGCCGCCCGAGAUCGCGCUGUGGCUGGUGCUGGUGGCCGUGGCGGCCGGGCUGCUGCUGCUGGGGCUCAUCAUCCUGCUGCUCUGGAAGUGCGGUUUCUUCCGGCGGGCCAACACGCGCGCCAUGUACGAGGCCAAGGGCCAGAAGGCGGAGAUGCGGAUCCAGCCCUCGGAGACCAAGCGCCUGACGGACGACUACUAACGGGGGCGGCCCCGCUGCCCCCCGGGCGCCCGCGCCCCCCCUUGUGCCACUUCUUCCAGCGGACCCGCUACUACCGGAUCAUGCCCAAGCACCAGGCGGUGAGGAUCCGGCAGGAGCAGCGGCACCGGCCCCGCGGCCGCAAGAAACUCUGGGUGACCAGAUGGCAGGAGCCCGAGAAGUACUACUGACCCCCCCACCCCCCGGGGAGCACCAGGGCCCCUGCUGGACUUUGCACAAGUGCAUCUCCCCACCCUCAUCUGCAUCCCCCCCGGACGCGGCCGCAUCCCGGCCUUGGCUUCGGCGCCCUCCCCUCCCCUUCCCAGGCUGGCCCCCCGCAGCCUGGCUCUUGCACGCUCGUGCCUUGCACGCUCACGGGGACCAGCCCCACCCCUGCCUCCCUGUUCCCCUGACGUGACCGCUGCUGGUCUCAAAGUGCCUUCUCCUUCCCCCACGCAGACACUCCUCCCGCCGGGUCCCGCACCCCUCCUUGCACGCCGGGACACGCUCGCCCCCCUGCAUCCCCCUUCCCUGGGUGCGGGACUCCCCUGGGCUGUGUCCCCACGACUCCAUGCUGGGGGGUGCUCCUUCUUCCUCUGCCUCCUCCUCCCUGAAGCAGCACAGGGGCCUGAUCCUGCAUGUUGACCCCCGUCCCCAUCUGCCUUGGAUGCAGCUUUGGCUUGGGGGUGCAGAACCUCAUCCCCGUGGGGUGUCCUGCCGCGGGCGCUGCCGGAGGUUAAGUUAUUCCGUGUCCCCUGUCGGUGUUUUGCUGAGCCUGGAGCGUGGUCGGUACUGGGGGCUGGGAGCCCCACGCCCCCUCCCUCUUCCCCCGCCGCUGGGGCCCAAUAAACCUCGCUCCGGGAUUUGUAA